AUGGCAUUGUUCCGCAAGUUCUUCUAUAAGAAGCCCCCUGAUGGGCUUCUAGAAAUCACUGAAAGGGUUUAUGUCUUUGAUUACUGCUUUACCACGGAUGUUAUGGAAGAAGAUGAAUAUAAAGUGUACAUAGGGGGAAUAAUUGGGCAACUUCGUGAUUACUUCCCUGAUGCUUCAUUUAUGGUGUUCAACAUGCGGGAGGGAGAUAGCCAAAGCCAGAUCUCAAACAUUUUGUGUGACUAUGAUAUGACUGUGAUGGACUAUCCCCGACAGUACGAAGGUUGUCCAUUGCUUACCAUGGAGAUGAUCCACCAUUUCUUGAGGUCAGGUGAAAACUGGCUUCAACUUGGGCAACAAAAUGUUGUCUUGAUGCAUUGUGAACGAGGUGGGUGGCCAGUUUUAGCAUUUAUGCUAGCUGCACUCUUGAUUUAUAGAAAGAUGUUUACAGGGGAGCAGAAAACACUAGACAUGAUAUACAAGCAAGCUCCUCGAGAACUUUUGCAGUUGAUGUCACCAUUGAAUCCAUUACCUUCACAAUUGAGAUAUCUUCAGUACAUAUCAAGAAGAAAUGUUGGUUCAGAAUGGCCUCCUCUUGAUAGAGCACUUACAUUGGACUGUGUAAUCAUGAGACUUAUUCCUAAUAUGGAUGGAGAGGGUGGCUGCUGCCCUAUAUUUAGGAUAUAUGGACAGGACCCUUUUAUUCCUGCAGAUCGGACUCCCAAAGUUCUCUUUUCAACUCCAAAAAAGAGCAAACUUGUCCGGCAUUACAAGCAGGUUAUACUUAAAUCCUUUUACUCUAAUUUAGUAUGCUUUUUACAAUUCAAGCAUGAUCAUAAUUCAAGAAUAAAGAUUUAUUGUUUUCCCCAUUUCCCUUUGUUUAUUUAUUUGUUUUUUGAUUCAUAUUUGAUACAGGCUGAUUGUGAACUGGUUAAGAUUGACAUCCAUUGUCAUGUUCAAGGUGAUGUUGUUUUUGAGUGUAUUAGUCUGGACAGUGAUUUGGAACGUGAACAAAUGAUGUUUCGGGUGAUGUUUAAUACAGCAUUCAUAAGAUCAAAUAUUUUGAUGCUUAACCGUGAUGAAAUUGACAUAUUAUGGAAUGCGAAAGAUUACUUCCCCAAAAAUUUUAGAGUGGAGGUUCUUUUCUCAGAUAUGGAUGCUUCGUCUUCUGUUAUUUCAAUUGAUCUGCCGCGUAUUGAGGAGAAAGAAGGCCUACCUGUUGAAGCAUUUGCUAAGGUCAAGGAAAUUUUCAGCAAUGUGGACUGGCUAGAUUCAAAGACAGAGGUAGUGAAUGUUCUCCAACAAAUAACGGCAUCAAAUAUCCUUCUGGAAAGAUUGGACAGUGGUGGUUCUGCUGGAGCAAACAGCUUGCUAAAGGAGUCAUUGUCUGGAAAAUUUAAAUUUGAUUCUAAGGAACUAAACAAUACAAAGAAUCUGACUUCUGAAGUUCAGGGGAGACUUUCUACAUCCUCGUUGGAAUCGUCCGGGGAUACUCCUGUGAAAAAUAAGACAGAACCAUUAGAAUCAAAGGUACUGUCAGAAAACAAUGUUAAGACUCUUGAAUGUUUAGGUCAGGGGAACCAACCUAUUCCCUCAUAUAGGCUCUCAACAGAUUCAGAUUCUACUAAAAGUGACACUGAACUGUUAGAAUCAAAACAAUCAUUGAAAAAUGAUCCCAAGUUUACUACUUCUAUGGCUCCGGGGACACAAUCUAUCCCCUUAAUUGAACCAUUUAUGGGUCCAAAUUCAAUAAACAAGGAGAGUGGGUUAUUAGAAUCCAAGGAAAUGGACAUUGAAUCGUUAUCAUCAAAGGCACUUUUGGAAAGUGGCACCAUGCAUCCUACUCCUGUACCUCAGGGGAAACAAUCUAUUUUCUCAAUUGAACCAAUCACUGAUGCAGAUUCAUUGAAAAAGAAGACUGAUUUGUUAGGAUCAGAGGAAAAAGGGCUUAAAUCAUUAAAGUUGGAGGCAUUGUUGGAAAAUGAUAGAAGAUUCAAAUUUGAGCCAAAGCCACUGCCAGAAUUUGAUUCCAAAUGUCCUACUUCUGAUGUUGAAGGGAAACUUUUGAUGUCCUCAUUUGAACCAUCUGACGAUGCUCCUAUGGAAAAGAAAAAAGAACCUUUAAAGGCACCACCUGAAAAUAGUAUCAAGACUCUUGCUUCCACUGAUUCAAGUUCUCCUAAAGUGAAGAUUGAAUCAUUAGAAUCAGAGGCAUUGGUAAAAAAUGAUACCAAGUUUCCUACAUCUAUGACUCAUGGGGAGCAACCUAUUCCCUUAAUCGAACCAUCUGUGGAUGCAAAUUCAAUGAAACAGAAGAUGGGACCAUUAGAGUCAAAGGAAAAGGAUACUGAAUCAUUAGAAUCAAAGUCAUUGUUGGAAAAUGAUGCCAACUGUCCUCCAUCUUUGGCUCAUGGGAAACAAUCUAUUCCGUUAAUUCAACCAUCCAUAGACGCAAAUUCAAUGAAAAAGAAGAUUGGACAACUAGAACAAACGGUGUUUUCAGAAAAUGAUAUCAAGAGACUCACAUCCACAAUUCAAAGGAAACAAAACAGUCCCUUACUUGAAUCACCCGCUGAUGCAAACUCAAUUAAAAGGAAGAUUAAACCUCAAGAAUUGCAGGUUGCUCUUCAUCUUCCCACUCAAUCUAAAAUAAUUUCACCACAGGUCCGUCCAGCUGUUCGAUCUGCUUCAACUUCUAGAUCUAACUCCUUGCAAGGUUCACCAGUAGCUAUCUCAAGAUAUCAUAGUGCACCAUCAGCUCUUGGAAUAACAACUGUGUUGCAGGAUCAUGCACCGAUAUCUCCUCCUUCUACUUUGUCUCCUUCAGUCUCCAAGUUGCCAAAAUCAGUAGAGCCUAGUCCUGCAAGUGUUCCCCCAGCAUCCUCACAACCAUUGCUUUCAUCUUUACCAUCAAAAUCUUCCAUGGAUGCUAUUGCUUCUACUGAAAAGACUUCUGGACCCAUUGCUCCUCCUCCUCCACCUCCACCUCCACCUCCACCUCCACCACUUCCACCCCCUCAACAUGAACAUACUUCAAAAUUGAUGCAAUCUGUCGUCACACACCACCCUGAAAAUGCAAUGAAUGAUAAAGGUCAAAAAUCAAUAGUUAGUCUUCCUCCUCCUCCUCCUAUGCCACCUCCAUUUCCUCAACAUGAACCCACUUCAAAAUUGAUGCAAUCCAUUGUCACAUAUCACCCUGAAAAUACAAUGCAUGAUUUAGAUAAGAAAUCAUUGGUUAGCCCUCCUCCUCCUCCUCCUCCACCUCCACCUCCACCUCCAACUCUUUCUUCUCCAUCCUUUGCCAUGGAGAGCUCAUCUUUAUCCCAUCCUCUACCCUCCUCCCUUCCAGUGACAUCGGAUUUCAAAGAUUCAUUUAAAGGUCCUUCUUCCUUUCCUUCGCCUCCACCUCCCCCUCCGCCGCCGCCAUCUUCAACUGAACAGGCUUCAUCAUCUUCAAUACCUCCUCCUCCUCCGCUGUCUGGGCUUCCUUCUUCAGCUUCCCACACUCUUUCUUCUCCAUCAAGUAUAAACAAGUCUGGCACGCCUGGCCCUCCUCCCCCGCCUCCACCUCCUAGUCUUUCUAGCACCACACCUGGUUCUAUUCCAACACCAUCAGUACCACCACCUCCUCCUCCUCCAGCUUCUGCAUCCAACAAUUCUUCAUCUAACCAGUCCACAAAUGUUCCACCUGUACCCCCACCACCUUCCCCUGCUGCCACCGGGUUAUCAAAACCUGGCACUGCUGCACCUCCAGUUCCUGGACCACCUUCUGCUCCAUUAGGUGCAAAGGGACGUGGCCUGUUGCGUGCUAAUCCCAAAGGUCAGUCUCAGACUAAAAGGAGCAAUCUGAAACCUUAUCAUUGGUUAAAAUUAACAAGGGCCAUGCAAGGAAGCUUAUGGGCUGAGACACAGAAACUUGAUGAGUUUUGUAGGGCUCCAGAGUUUGACAUGUCAGAACUUGAGAGCCUGUUCUCUGCAGUUGCUCCAAAUUCUGAUGACGGAAAAGGAGGAAAAUUAAAUCGCCGUGCCUCGGGGCAAAAAGUUGACAAAGUUCAAUUGAUUGAGCUCAGGCGGGCAUAUAACUGUGAGAUCAUGCUUACGAAAGUCAAAAUCCCUUUGCCUGACUUGAUGAGUGCUGUGCUUGCAUUGGACGAUUCAGUAUUAGAUGUUGAUCAAGUUGAGAACCUCAUAAAGUUCUGUCCAACCAAAGAAGAGAUGGAAUUGCUCAGGGGCUAUACUGGAGAUAAGGACAAUUUGGGAAAGUGUGAACAGUUCUUCUUAGAAUUAAUGAAAGUGCCAAGAGUGGAAAACAAGCUAAGAGUUUUCUCUUUCAAGAUGCAAUUCCGCUCCCAGGUUUCAGAGCUUAGAAGGGACUUGAAUAUUGUAAAUUCUGCAUCUGAAGAGAUAAGGAAUUCAGUCAAGUUGAAAAGAAUCAUGCAGACCAUUCUUUCUCUAGGAAAUGCUUUGAACCAUGGAACUGCAAGAGGUUCUGCUGUUGGGUUCCGAUUAGAUAGUCUCCUUAAACUCACGGAUACACGAGCCAGAAACAACAAGAUGACUCUCAUGCAUUACCUUUGUAAGGUGCUUGCUGAAAAGCUUCCAGAACUAUUAGAUUUCCCUAAAGACCUAGUAAGUUUGGAGGCAUCAACCAAGAUACAACUGAAAUAUUUGGCAGAGGAAAUGCAAGCUAUUAGUAAAGGACUGGAGAAAGUAGUUCAAGAAUUGACUGCAUCAGAGAAUGAUGGGCCUGUGUCAGAAAGCUUCUGCCAGAUUCUGAAGGAAUUUCUUUCUGAUGCUGAGGCUGAAGUUAGAUCUUUGGCUCAACUUUAUGCCAAUGUGGGUAGAAAUGCAGAUGCAUUGGCUUUAUACUUUGGAGAAGAUCCGGCACGCUGCCCAUUUGAACAAGUUGUAUCUACUCUCCUCAACUUUGUGAGAAUGUUCGUUCGAGCACAUGAAGAAAAUUGCAAGCAGCUUGAAUUAGAGAAAAAGAGAGCAGAGAAGGAAGCAGAAAAUGAGAUGUUGAAACUGGCUGCUAAAAAAGAGCCUGAAAAUAUGAUAAGAACCACCAUCAAGAGUGGGAAUAUUAAGUGAUCAGAUUUCCUUUUUAAUGGCCUCAAGCUGUUAAAGAGAUAUGUUCCACAGUGAAAAAGUUGCCAUGUGUUUGGAUGAAGAAAACAAUUUGAACAAGUGCAAAAUCACCUUGUUCUUGGCUGCAUUAUUAACAUUGAUGAUCACCCAACAACUGAAGUUCUCUAAUGCGAGAAAUGUAAUGCUUGUGGCAUAGAUUAUAUUCAUUUUAAGUAGUA